AUGUCUACCACCGGAAAACAGCUGUCUAGUUCGUCUGGAUCUCUUGUCUCAACGUCAUCUUCAACGACGGUGUCACCAUACACUCUGUCCAGCUCCGACAACCCGAGUACCGUGAACUCCUAUGUUCUGUUGAAUGGAGAAAAUUACAAUGAGUGGUCUGCAGAGAUGUUGAAUGCUCUUCAAGCCAAGAGAAAAACUGGUUCUGUUGAUGGGUCUAUCACGAAACCUUCAAGCGAUGAUCCUAACUUCGAGAAUUGGAAGACGGUGAAUUCGAUGAUUGUAGGUUGGAUUCGAGCCUCGAUCGAGGUCAAGGUGAAAUCAACUGUUACGUUUAUCUCUGAUGCUAACCUUUUGUGGGAUGAAACGGAUGAGUUGAAGACUUAUCAAGCAAGUGCAGUAUGUCCUCAUGGUUCAACUAUGUCUACACUGAUCAAAGAACGAGACAAUGAAAAGUUUCAUCAGUUUGUCAUGGGACUCGACAAUUCACGUUUUGGUGGGAUAUGUACAAGUAUGAUUAAUAUGGAUCCACUUCCGUCUCUCGGUGUUGCCUACUCCAAAGUAAUACGAGAAGAACAACGACUUGCUUCUUCACGACAUCAGGAACAAUGGCAGGAGGCUGUGGGUUUUGUCGUACAUCGCGAGUUGGUUUCUCCAUCCAUGAUCGCUGAGAAUCAACCUGUGAAUCGUGUGGAAUCCUCUAUUGUCAGGUCUCGUCCUGUGUUGUGCUCACAUUGUGGUCGGACGGGGAAUGAAAAGAAGGAUUGUUGGUCUCUAGUUAGUUUCCCUGACUGGUGGAUGGAUCGUAAUGGUGCUGGUCGCGGCUCCGGUGGUCGUGGUAGCAGUGGUCGAGGCGCUGAAAUAACCUCUACUAAUAGUUCUGAUAAGUUAUCUGGUAAGCCAAAGUUUGGCGAUGUUAUCCUUGAUAUGACUGGGAACCUUACACUCUUGACUAACAUUGGUCCUAUUUCACCUUGUUCGGACCGUUUUUCGAGGACUUUGAUUGGAAGAGGUGAAGAGUGUGAUGGGGUUUACUAUCUGACGGAUGUUGCAACCGUAAAGAUUCACAUAGUUAAUGUCUCUUCUGAUCAAGCUUUGUGGCAUCAACGGUUGGGUGAUCCAAGUUAUUCGGUGCUUUCGGUUUUGCCUAUGGUUUCUGUUUCUGGUUCUUCUAAUAGCUAUUUGUCUUGUGACGUGUGUUUUCGAGCUAAGCAAACUAGAGAAGUUUUUCCUGAUAGUAUCAAUAAAGUUUCAGAUUGUUUUUCUUUAAUUCAUUGUGAUGUGUGCGGACCGUAUCGUGUUCCCUCUUCUUGCGGUGCAGUUUAUUUCUUGACUAUUGUCGACGAUUUCUCAAGAUCAGUGUGGACAUAUCUAUUGCUUGAGAAAUCAGAAGUGCAUACUGUUCUUACUAAUUUUCCAGCAUACACCGAUAAAAAGUUUGGCAAGCCAGUCAAAACAGUUCGUAGUGACAAUGAGACAUAA